AUGAGUCGGCAAUGGGGGCGCCGCGCCAUUUGGCUGGCAAUUUUUGUGUGGUUCUCUUGGGCCAUCUUUUGGAUUUGGCUCGGCGAGCAGAAGAGGUGGGGGUUGGCUGAGAAUAAAGUGGCCAGUGCCCCUCCCGCUCCCAGAGUGGUGUUCGUCGUCGCGCAGACGAAGCCUUCGCAGGGGUGGUGUCAGAUGAUGGCGAGUGCCCUGCUCUCCAACGUGACGGUGGCAUCAGUCGGCUUCCGUCAACCGUACCACCACAUUAUGCGCGCGCUUUGGGUGUGGCAGUACGUCGAGAGCGAAGGGCUUCGGGACGACGACGUGGUGGUGUCGUACGAUGGUGCGGACACAGUUUUUAUUGGCGCCCUCGCUGUACAGCGGGCCGUGAGGCGAUUCAUUGACAGUACCGCCCCCUCCUUUGAAGCCUUUGACCCUGAGGCUGUGCGUCGAGGUGAGGCGACUGCCCCGCUGCUAUUUUCGGCGGAGGGCAAUUGCUACCAUUUACAGAUGACGAAUUCACACAUUUGGGGUGUUUCCAAGGGAAGGUGCAUUUCGGCAUACAAGCGUUUCGAAGAGGUUCUAGUGUCGAGUAAGAAAGCUGCAUUGGCCGGUAGGAAAAACAGACGAAUGCACUUCCUCAAUGCCGGUGGAUACGUCGCCCGUGUGUGGGCCUUGAGACGGGCAUUAGUGGCUUACCGCGCCUUGCUUCGCUUCGGGGGGUUUUGGUGUGACCAAAGUGUUUGGGGGAUGCUGUACUUGGGGCUCAGCCUACCACGUAUCUAUGCAUCUUCGGAGAUGCGUCUUCCGUCAGGUCUAAUGGGAUUGGAUUUUGACAACACCUUUUUUUUUUGUUUUAAUGGAAUGCAGGUUGGAAGUGACGUACGGCUGGCUAGUCCUUUAUCCAUUGAACAAGUGGCGGCGAGAGGUAAGCCGCCAUUUCCUUCUUUUUUUGAAAUUGUGGGAGUUCCUCGUGCGACGCCUGCCAUUAUACACUUUAAUGGCAUGGGAGGGGACGGAGUGACGCUCCUAAAGAGUCUGCGGAACUAUACCUCGUGGUUUGUGGAGGCCCAUCGCACCGAUGCCGUCCUCCUGAAGGUGAAGGCGUGGCUGCGGAAUGAAGCCCGUGUAAAGAUAUAUGGGGCCAAUGGAGAAGGAAGUGAAGUCUACUACCAUCAAUUAUGUGGUGGAGAGGUAGUUUAG